AUGGCUUCCGAUAAGACAGCUGUUGCUUCAGGUGCGGAUCAUACUCAAACAACCCGUCGACGCAAUGUACCAUCAUCCAAUGGAGGUCUUGUCAACACGGUGGAGAUAGAUGACAAGAAGACACAAGUCAAGAAGGGAAAGCAAUCCAUAGUAGGAUUUCUUGACGAAUGGGAGUUCUUAAUCGCACCAUUGGUUUUUACAAUAUUCGCAUUCUUCACGAGAUUAUACAAGAUCGGCCUUUCACCUAUCGUCACUUGGGAUGAAGCUCAUUUUGGAAAAUUCGGGUCCCAUUACAUCAAAAGAGAAUUCUACUUCGAUGUCCAUCCCCCUCUUGGAAAAAUGCUGGUUGGUCUUUCCGGUUAUCUUGCAGGUUACAAUGGCACUUUCGAAUUCAAAUCUGGGGAACAAUAUCCUGAAGAUGUGAACUACACUUUCAUGCGUGCCUUCAACGCCUUCUUCGGUGCCGUUACUAUUCCAUUGGCUUACUAUACUGCUCGCGAAUUGAACUUCAAGAGACCGGCUGUAUGGUUCGUUACAUUGAUGGUUUUGUGCGAAAACUCCUACACCACAAUCAGUCGCUUUAUUCUCUUGGAUUCUAUGCUCCUAUGCUUCACAUUCACCACAGUUCUCUGCUGGGCUAAAUUCCACAAUCUACAAAAGCAAAGUUGGACCCCUGAAUGGUUCGUUUGGCUCUUGUUGACUGGUGUGAGCAUUGGCUGUGUUUGCAGUGUGAAGAUGGUUGGCCUUUUCUGCACAACCAUGGUUGGUAUUUACACGAUCGAAGAUUUGUGGAACAAAUUUGGCAAUAUUAGAAUGCAAAAGGUCGAGCUCGCAUCGCAUGUCGCUAUCAGAGUAAUUUGCUUGAUCGUUAUCCCUAUAGGAGUUUACAUUGCCUCCUUCGCUGCCCACUUUGCAAUUCUUCAAAACAGUGGACCCGGUGAUGCUCAAAUGAGUUCCCUGUUCCAAGCCAAUCUGAGAGGAACUGAAGUUGGAAAGGAUAGUCCACUUGAAAUCGCAUAUGGUUCUCGAGCAACGAUUAAAAACAUGGGAUACGGCGGUGGUCUUCUUCACUCCCACAUUCAGACUUACCCUGAAGGAUCCAACCAACAACAAAUUACUUGUUACCAUCAUAAAGAUGCUAACAACGAGUGGUGGUUCUAUCCUAAUCGUUCUCAGCCAGAAUUCGACCCAGAGGCACCUCUCAGAUACGUUGCUGAUGGCGACGUUCUACGUUUCGUUCAUUCGCAAACUGGUCGCAACCUUCAUUCACACGACGUAUCAGCGCCUAUUACCAAGGCUGACAAGGAAGUCUCAUGUUAUGGAAAUACCACCGUUGGCGAUGACAAAGAUCACUGGACCAUGGAAGUUGUCAAGGAUGUUUCCUCAAAUGAUCGAAGUAAAAUUAGAACCUUGACUACCGCUUUCCGACUCAAGCACACAAGUUUAGGAUGCUACUUACGAGCUGGUAAUGUUAACCUGCCACAAUGGGGUUUCAAGCAAAUCGAAGUCACUUGCACCAAGGACAACAAUCCCAAGGAUGUUUACACUCACUGGAACGUAGAAGCCCACUGGAACGAGAAGUUGCCUGCUGCUGAUGCUGGAGCGUACAAGUCUCCUUUCAUUCACGACUUCAUUCAUUUGAAUGUCGCCAUGAUGACUUCGAAUAACGCACUUGUGCCAGAUCCUGACAAACAGGAUGAUCUCGCUUCUUACUUUUGGCAAUGGCCAAUUCUCAACGUAGGAUUGAGAAUGUGUGGAUGGGAUGACAAUAUAGUCAAAUACUUCCUCCUCGGUAACCCUCUUGUAUACUGGGGUUCUACCGCUUCUCUAGGCCUCCUCGGCCUCCUCGUUCUUUGGUAUCUCAUAAGAUGGCAACGUGGGUAUGAUGAGCUUAAGCAAUCCGAGAUCGAUCAAAUUCACUAUGCUGGACUGUACCCAGUUCUUGGAUGGUUCCUCCAUUAUAUGCCAUUUGUCGCCAUGGCUCGCGUCACUUACGUUCAUCACUACUAUCCAGCACUCUAUUUCGCUAUUUUGGUAUUCGGUUUCUGUGCGGAUUGGAUGUUAAGAAAUCAAGUUAAGACCUUGCAAUAUGCUAUCUAUGGUGUUUUGUACGCCUUGACGAUCGCACUUUACAUUUUCUUCAUGCCUAUUUCAUGGGGUAUGGUUGGACCUAAUAGGGAAUACUCUAGGUUGAAGUGGUUUGAUAGCUGGAGGAUUACAGAUUAG